UCUUUUCUUGACCAAUCAAAAACUUCGUCGUUUAUGCAAAUGUAUUGCGCCCACCUGUUUUUCACCGGGGAAAACAUAACCAUUUGCUUCUUUAUAUUACGCACAAACGAAUGGUUAGAGCAGUUUGACAAAUAUUGAUCGUUUAUCUGUUCUAAUUGAAUUGUAUUUUGAGACGAAACAUUUUCUCAAAUAUUAAUGUUGACUACAUCAAAAAUUCAUAUCUAGUCUAUAGGAAGUUAAGGAGGUACUUAGCGCACGACUAUCUCAUCAUAGUAGUCGACUCACUCAACGAAAAAACAGUCUUGUGAUAUUCUUUAUUGGGAGGAAAAUUGUACUGAAAGCCUGAAUGGCAAACGCAUUAAUCAUCGAGAAAGGCUAAGAGAAAUGUGCCAAGCUAUUUUUGAUACGCAUCGGAAAAUUGAGUGCUUAUUUUGCUACUGUGUUUUAAAGUGCGAUGUGCUUUUGUCAAACGUGAAUGUCUAGAGAUAUUAUGUAAAGAUCAAAGUCCGUUUUCCUUCUAAUAAAAUACUUAGUUGCAAAAAACCAAUAACAAUGAUUUUAUAGCCUAUAUUAAGAACAUUACUUAGCUUGAAUCUAACAAACAUACCAGCGGGUUUUGACCUAAAAGACAAAGCACAAGUUAAGUAAGUGUAAUGAACCAUCGACUAAAAAAAACGUGCUCAAUACUUAAAGAAAACGCGAAAAUGAGAAGAAAAAAGCAAACACGCAAAAAAUCAUUGUUAAGAGAGGACUGCUUUAUUUUAGGUAGCUAUAAACAUUUUUUUAGUGAUCUGAAUUUUUUCGUUUUCGUGUCUAUAUUGAUAAUGUUUUUAAUUGUGGUUUUGCUCUUGUAUAGCACUUUAUAAUAUACCUGUAUGGGUAUAUCAUAAUUUACGUCGAAUACUCAACGGUCGAAAACUUGAUUUUUUACGUUCAUUUCAUUAAUUCAUUUAAUUUGACGCCAACAUUUGAAUGUUUAGAUAAUUAAGCAUAAAGAAACUCAGCAACCACUAAUUUUUUCGUCUUCAACAAUAAGCUAAAUGAACUUGAACUCUGUCUUGGUGAACAAGGAACAAUCAUUGAUUUAUAUUUUAAUUUUGGUAUACACCAGUCUAUUACUACGCUUCUAGAGAUUUCGAAGAAAUCUUUAGAAAACAAAUAGACAUAAAGAGCAAAAUGCUAAACAAAAACGCAAUCGGAAAUAGGAACCCAUUCAAUAGUCCUUUUUUAUUGUUCUCUCCAAGCUUCUGAUUGGGUAUUCAAUAAGUGAGUGGUACAUGUCUGCAAGCGUUGAGUCGCUUUGGGCAGGAUGUAGAACACCGAAAAAAGGAAAAAAGGGGAAAAUAAUAUUUUCCUCAACAUAACGUUAAACAAUCUUGAGGUUGAUUUUAACGAUUAUCAGAGAGGAGUUGAUCUUUUAUCGUGUUAGUUAUGUAAAGAUUGUUACUGUGCGACUUCACAAACCUAGGCCAAGCAAGCAAAUAUCUAAAGAAAAAAUAAGUCGCAUGUAAAAUAGUGAUGUGCCAAAUUCUAGCGAACUUUGACAUAUAAUCAUUUAUUGCUCGAUUUAAAUUAAUAGUAGCACAUUUUCGGUGAAACGGAAGAUGUUAAAAUUUGUACAGGUUCUAUGUUAAAAUACUCGAUCGUGAUUGGGUUAUUUGUAAGGACAUUUGUUUCGGUGGGCUUGGAGUAUUAUCUCGGGGCAACUUAUUCUAUAAAGACACAAAAAUAUCAUUAUUGAAAUUAUCCUCUGUCAAUAUGGGGAAUUAUUCAAUGUUGGGAGAAUUUGUUAAUGUUGGGAGAAUUUCGAAGUUAUCAUCCCAGAAAUGGGACUGACAAGCACUGUCGUGGAUAUACACCUAUUUCAAUAAAGGUUGUCAGUGCGAACAGCGAAUGGCAAUUGCUAAAUGGCAGUUGACGACCGAAAGGUGUCUAUGGGUAGUUAUUAUUUGUAAAAAUAAAGAAGAUAAAUUAACUCAAGCGAUGUGAGAACCAUAUAUUAAUUACAUUAAAUGGACAGUCGUAUGUUUAAUUUAUAUGUUUCUUAAUCUGGAACAAAUAUUUUGGGAUCCAUGGGUCCUUUCGGUCGUAGAACUGCCAUUUGACAAUCGCCAUUUUCCGUUUGCAAUGACAACGUUUUUUGAAAUAGGUGUAUAUGUAAAUACUUUCAAAACAUAAAAAAAAAAUCUAAAAUAGGAAAUCUGAAUGAUAUCGACAGAAACGAUGAAACUGAUCAAAGUCGAACCUUGAGACUUUUUAAGAUAAGUAAUUUAGUUUGCUCAUAGUUCCUUGUAAUGGGGGCUCUAAUGGUCAGGAGAUUACAUAAACAACUCUCUUCUAAGUUUUCAGAGUGGUGCAUUUACCAACGACGGCCAUAAUAAUAUUUAGCGCGGAGACGCCAUUCAAUGUGUGAGAGCAGUAAUGUAACGGUCCUAUUCCUUUCUCCUUGUCCCUUAUCGCUUACAUUACACAGGUCUUCGUCUCCUUAGCUAAAAGGGACCUUAGGAUAGUACUAAAAAGGCAACGUGGUCGACGACGGACGGCAGACAACGAUAAGAUUGUGAAUUCAAUAGACACAUACGUGACAAUGUUUUUUUUUUCUGAUAUAUACUACGUUUUUUAUUGUAGGAUAAUGUCCUUAAUUAUUUUCAUCUGUUACUGACUCUGAUGUUUUGCUCAUUCCAUUGCAACUUGUUGGGAAUUGAAUUCAGGACCAAAGAUCAAGAAGGAAAAGUUCAAAUGGAAAAGUUCUAGAAUACGCUGACAAAAUUGCUAUCCAGCAACAAUAGUCGCUAGAAGCACGCAAUGUAGGCCCUGUGACGUCACUUAACGUCAUAGCCCCGCAUACGUGAGAUCCAGCACAAAAUGAUGCUUAUUUUAGCCAGGGUCCCUGGGGCGUUAUACAAGUGGUGAAGUGGUAGUUUUCACGCUUCUGUGAAAACAGUUUCGUUUCGCUGACGCAUCGAGCCAUAGCCCUUUAACGAAUUCCCUGGAGUUCAGCGGCUGUAAGUCCCCCUCCCUCCUUUUAGUGUAAAAAGUAGAAAGAGACCCAAGGGCUAGUCCUCGAAACGUCAACUAAACUACUCAGGCUUUCACAGAGGCGUACAACCACGCCUACGCAGACCUUUUUCUUGCCAGCCUGUUUGUAGUCCGUCUACUCCUACCAACACAGCUGAGUGUUGAAUUGUUAAAGUAAACUUUCGAAAUAAGCUGACUAAAGUUGCUGUUUUCACUAAGAGUACAGCUUUAUCAAAGUUAAGCUAUAGAUGUACAAAUAAUUAUAGGAUCGUUUGGUAGAAGAGUAUCAAACAGAAAAUUGUAGCCUUAUUUUUUUGUUCUUGUUUUCAAAGUUGACAUCUUUGAAAUAAAAUUAUAAACAACAUAUCUGAUUUAACCGCCCGAUAUUAGAACUAAUUUUGCGUAUCUGUACUUUUAAUCAGGAAAUUUUUUAUCCCCACGAGCUAGAUGCAGGGUCUUUCAAAGCGUUUUUUACAUCUCAGCAAAAUUUGCUUGCUGCAUUCUUACCAAUGUGGAUUUGGGAUUAUAAUUGUAGCCGGAGAAAUAUCUAUAUCGGUAUUUAAUGUCACCCUCAAUAACGGCCUAUCUAUCUCUCCAAGUUGCGCUUCGCUCGCUAUAACAAUUCUGUGGCAAUACUUUAACCCGUGCUAAAAUUGGGAAAGAAUUUCAAUUGGGGCUUACGCCCUGUUUUCUUCUCCCGUCACAUUGUUUCUUAUUUUCUUUAUUUUGUUAAUUUCCUAUCGUAAACCGUAGUAUUUUUGUGUGACAAAGCCAAUAAACUAAACUAAACUGAAAAUGAAGAAACGACAGAUGAUGACACGUAUUUCAAUAAAGGUUGCAUCCGCGAAUCAAUGUAUCGUAUCGUAUCGUAAGCCGCAGUGGUUCAUGGGUAACGUUUAAAGGGCUGAAUCCUGGUCUUUGAACGCCGUGUAAACGUUUAGAGGUACAUAAACAAGAUUGCUAAAGCUUUCCAAACCUGUGUUUAUUUUUAUUUUCACUUAUUUUUUAUCAUAAGUAAAGUUAAUUUGAUACCCAUGAAGCACUGCAGGCUAUGACACAUAGAUUCUCCAAGUGCAGCCUUAUAUAAAAUAGGUGUAAAUUUUCUACACAAAGAAAAAAAAUACAAAUACAAGAAAAAAAGAAAAGAAAAUAAAAGAAUGGCAUCGAUACACGAGGUUCGGUAUGCCGUGAAAGCACUAGGUGCCCAUGGAGAGGUAGGUCCCUGGUAAGUGUUAAACAAUUGUAGCGUGUUUUACACUUGCGCAAGCGUUAACAGGUUAAGUUUCUCUGUAUUUGUUGUUGUCGGUUUUGGUGGUUUGUGUUUACAAGAGCCUUGUCUCCAUAUACUCGCCCAGUUCCCUCUCUUGACACGUCGGGCCUGGGUCAAUGAAGCGCGCGCCAUACUGUGCGCGAUUGUACUGACAUAGUAGGAAUGCGCGCGCAAGUCUCGUUGCAAGAGUGUCGUUCGCGCGCUGAUAAAAACCCCACAAAAGUCGCGCGCGCUCGAAUGACGUGAGGCCGUUAAAAACGGUUUUGUGUUACAGUUUAAAAAAAGUAAGCAUAUAAGCAAUCAAAAGAAAGAUGGAGAGGGAUAAUCACGGUGGCAAUGUAGGUGAUAGUCAAUCACGAAGUAAUGCAAUUCCUAUGAGAUCAAGAGCAAGCACUAGAGAAGUGAAGAAAUUUGAACGAGUCGCCGACUCGUCCCAAACUGGAUGCUAUGCGCUUGAUGAUAACGUGGAUGUUGACGUUUCGUCGAGCUCGGACUCUUGUCGGAUCUGUAGGGACAGCACCGCAGGCUGUGAUGUCAUCUCUCCCUGUCACUGCUCGGGGACCCUGGGUCGAGUCCACGUGCGGUGCCUUGAGGAGUGGCUCUCGGCGUCCAAUAAAAACGAGUGUGAGAUCUGCAAAUACGAGUAUCACCUCCAGAGAACACCGAAAACCUUCCGUCAGUGGCUGAAGAAUCCCCGUUCGCGCACAGAAAGACGCUACAUCAUCGGUGACUGCGCAUGCUUCAUCAUCCUCACACCGCUGGUCAUAGCAGCUACCUCACUGUGUGCGCAGGGCUCUUUUUAUUACUUCUCCUUCGGCCAAAGCUGGAUAGCGGCUGGUCUCAUGGUGCUAUGCUCGUUUCUGUGGUUCGUGUACUGCUUUUGGGUGACUAUAACAUUUCGAUUCCACCGUAAGACCUGGCGGCAGUGGCGAGCAAGGAACCAAACCGUAAGGCUGCUGCAGCACAACAGGCGUGGCUUGGAUGAGGCACCGCGGGCGCGGCUUCUGAGUGGAAGUAUCGGAAUGGGCAUGGUACCCGGAGCGCGGAACGACCAAAGACGAGGGACUCUUUGUACAAAUGGAAGCGUUGGAAUAGAACUCUGCCCUCACGACGGAAUGCGAAUUUCAAGCGGAAGCGUUGGAACGCGAAAUUCUUGUCGUUCUGUCAGUGGAAGUUUCGGAAUGGACCCUGGAAUGUUGCAAUCAGUUAUUGUUAGCCGAAACACCGGAAUGGACUAUGGAAUGCAGCGAUCAGUAGUUGUAAGUGGAAAUGCUGGAAUGGAUUCCAGUAAGUUUAUACUUCCGUUAAGUGAGGCAAAUGAGAACAGCGGAAUCGAGUUUGUGUUAAUGCGGAGAUUUACGCGCCGGAAUGAUGACGUAGAAGCUGGAGUGAGCGGGAUUCAAGAUUUGGAUACCCGAAGAAACAUCGAACGACUGGAAUGGACUGAGAACUCGGUAUUUGACGAAGGACAAUCCGACACAGUUUCAAGUCCACAGGUCACCGAGAUAAUGACCGAAAGUGCUGGCAUUGACGAGACUGGAUCGUCGACCGAGGAAUACAUCCAAGAGACCUUUGUUUAGUGGAAUUAGUUGUAAAGAGAACGGGGAACAUUGACAAUGAAAAAAUAUCUUAGGAGCGAGUGGGUAUUUUGGCAUUUAUGUCGGGGACAUAUAUUGGUGAAAAUCGCGAAAGAAAAACGUGUUUGCAGGGAAAGUGACAUAUUGUUGUUUUCAUUUUUACCACAACAUGACCGGUAUAUUGAAACAAAGCCAACACACUGUCUUUUAGCGGCAGUUGAAUUUCCUUUUAAAAAAGCCAGUCCCACAGUAAUAGCCCACUAUUACUGUCAGCCCACUGUACAGUCCCAGACUGACUGUACAUUGUCUCUCGAGCCAUUAUCGAGUAUCGCCACAUGUCCUCACCAAAGAGAUCGGUAGAACCUUUAACAGAAUAAGAUAUAUCGCGGUAGUUCAGAGUACAAAUUUAUUUAAUUAUCUAAUCCUUUGAUGUUAAAAAAGUUUUGCAGCUCUAUCAAAAAUUUCGUGUGGUCUAAUACACACACGAGAUAUGUUUGUACGAUGAAUGCUACUGUCUUGAUUGUUUCUCAGAAACAAUGUUUCUUAGAACUGGACAAGUUAAAAUGUCAGAUAGUGAAUAAAUCAAAGUAAUUAUUUAUCGUUUUUCUCGAUAAUGACAAAAAAAAAAUAACAAGAA